UGUCUCAGUUCCACCAACUAUCAGCAAAAACAUACAAAAAAAACAAAGAGAAAACAAGCAGCAGUUCAACAUCAAGUCAUCAUAUGGCUUUGGCACGGUUGGCUUUGAAAGAUUUGCGAGGAAGGUUGUUUGCUUCAUCUUCCUUCACCAUCCCUGGUUCUGGUGGCUUGCACAAGCAGAGAUGGAACAAUGAAUUGCUCAAAAGGUUUGCCACUGCAGCAGGUGAUAAAGGAAAAUCUGAAGCCACUGAAGUUGCUGUCACUGAAGGGAAAAUGUCUAACAGGUUGUUCCCCAGAAGGAGGAACAGAAGAUGGAUUUGGAGAAACCAUGAUCGUGAUUUCCCUCCAGCUCUCUAUGAGUUCUUUCCUUCAGGGCUUGGGAAUGCACUGAUGCAGGCAAGUGAGAACAUCAACAGGGUGUUUGAGAACAUGAAUCUGACACCUUGGUCUCUGAGUGGUCGUGUGAAAGAGAGAGAUGAUCAUUACAAAGUGAAAUAUGAGAUGCCAGGAAUGGCAAAAGAGGAGGUGAAGAUCACCAUUGAUGAUGGGGUGUUGACAAUAAAGGGAGAGCACAAGGAAGAGAAAGAAGAAGGAGAAGAUGAUGAGUAUUGGUCAUCAAGUAGCUAUGGAUACUAUAACACAAGCCUGGUUUUGCCUGAUGAUGCUAAGGCUGAUGAUAUUAAAGCAGAGUUGAAGGAUGGUGUCUUAAUUGUCACCAUUCCUAGGACUGAGAAACCCAAAAAGGAUGUGAAACAAGUCACUGUAGAAUGAUGUUAAGGUUUUCCUAAUAGAGGUGUGGCUAUAAUGUACUUUGUGACAUGUGCUUGGUUCUUUUGGAGUUAAUGUAACAUAAUCAAAUAAAACCUAAGACCUGUGAAAGUUUUAUUUUUGUUUCUUUU